AAGGACAAGACCUUUCAGCCUACACAGUACACACCUACUUCUACUUGUUGCGCAUUUACUUUCCUUUCCUUAAUCCGAUUUCCGAUGUCUAAACUCAGGAGAGAUCCGAAUUUGUCAUCGGAGCGUCUCCCAGACGACGUCGUAUUCGACAUACUGAGUCGGCUGGCAGUGAAAUCCUUGAUGAGAUUCAGGUGGGUUUCAAAGUCUUGGAACUCCAUCAUCACAGACCCCAUUUUCAUCACCAAACACCUCAACCUCAACAAAGCCAAAUCAUUAUCUAACAACGACAACAAUGGUUAUCUGCUAUAUUCUGAUUACGACGAGGAUGGUCCUGGUCCAAGGCGGAAAGAUCUGGGUACGGCUGUUUGCAAUAGCGACCGCACAUUUACCGAGAUUUCCAGGUUUCCAAUUCCCUUUUCUUGUAACAACAUUGUUGGCUUCUGUAAUGGCAUGUUCUGCUUUGAUGGUUAUGGGGACUGUGUAAUCUAUUUGUGGAACCCAAGCAUCAAAAUGUUUAAGAGUAUCUCUCUUCCUCUCAACAAGUUCGACAAAGAACGGACUUGUGCUCUUGGGUUUGCGUACCAUUCCCAAAACAAUGACUACAAGAUUCUCAGAAUUGUUUCUCACUAUGAAGAAUCAGCACUGUCGACUGAGGCUCAGGUCUACACAUUGAGUACGGAUUCAUGGAGAAGGUUUGUAAUAUCGUUUGGCUCCGACCACAAUGUUGGGUCUAUUGAUUAUAUAUGUGGAAUCCCAUGUUUGUUUUUUAAUGGAGCUCUGCACGCUUUAGCGUUUACUGAGGACCACAGUUACGGUUUGUGUUUUGAUGUCAAUGAUGAGACAUUCCAAACGAUAAUACUCCCGGCGCAUGACUGUAACAUUUACGGAGGUAAGUUUUCCCUUGCAGUGUUCAAGGGAUCGUUGGCUAUGAUUGGUUUUUCUUCUGAGUAUUUAGAUAUUGAUAUAUGCUACAUAUGGGUGAUGAGAGAGUAUGGUGUGGUUGAUUCUUGGACGAAAAUAACUGUAGAAUUAGAAGUGGUUGAGAGAUUCUUUUGCUGCGUUGACAAUGGUGAACUUCUAUUUUGCUGUAACUCAAAGGUCAUUUCAUAUGACCCUGAGAGUUCAAACGAGAACGACCUUGGAAUUACUGUUGGAUGUGAUAGUUGGUUGCGUUACACAACUGAUCCCAUGGAGAGCUUGGUUUUACUUGGUCAGGGGGAAAAUGAAACAAAUAGAGAAACUGAAGCUGAGACGGAGGCUGAUAUUUCUUUGAGUCUUGAGGAAAAAUCUAGAGAAACUGAUUCUUCUUCAGAUACUCUUCCCCUUAGUUCGAAGUACCCAUCUUUACCUUCGUGGGAAGUGCAAGUGACGAAUGACUCUGGAGAAUUUGAAACCAUGCUUGUUCCACGCUCAAAGCAUGUUCCUUAUGUGCCAUGGACGGGAGGCCCGGCUGAAGCGGAUUUUGUUGAUGAGUGUUAUUCCCUUAUUGAGUCCAUGAAGAACUGGAUUUCGUCUAGUUCCCAAUUAUCUUUUGUCCGUCAAAAUGAACUUUCUCAUGAAAUUGGCCUCUUGCGGAACAAGGUGGAAAGUCAAGCAAGUACCAUAAAGACUCUUGAGAGAUGUCUUUGUAGUUUGGGACCUCUUGAUGUUGGAGGAUCAAGUGAUCCCGUUACUGAUUCAGUUGGUGGUAUAACUCCUUCUCGGGCUGAUGAAGGUGAUCCCAUGAACACUACAGUGCAAGCCAAAGAGGAUUUCUCUCAACACAUAAAGCGUCUUGCUCCUCAAGAUCCUUCUCACUGCCAGGUUCAUGAGAGUACAGCUUUGGCCACGUUUAGAUCCAAAUCUGGACAUCUUCCUUCCGGUCAACAGAUUAGCCUUGAUGAUGAUGAUGAGGAAGACAAGGAGCAGCACACAAAACCUUUGGCACAACGUCAUGGAAAGCUAGGUCAUCUGUGAGCACCUGCAGCAGAGCAUCUGUCUUUUUUCUUUUUGAUUGGUACGGUUCUAUUAACGUGUAGGUAACUUUUCGGAUCCAAGUAAAUGGAAAACAAUCCUUUAGGUAAAUGACAUUAGCUCAAUGCCCUAGUUUAGAGGGGGGUCUCUUUUGCACCUGGAUGGAUUCAACUUAAUUUUGAGAUGUAUCUUGAUUUUUCUGUUUUGAUUC